AUGAAGGUGAUUAGUCGACGCUCCUUUGACAACGGCAGACCCGCGUCAGCUGGGAAAGGUCCCUGGGAUGGGAGGUCCGGCGAUGGGAGGUCCGGCGAUGGGAGGUCCGGUGAUGGGAGGUUCGGCAGCAGCAGCGCGGUUCUGCAUGAGAGAGGGAGUGAGACGAGCAGGAGCAAGGGAGGGGAUGCGGGAGGGCUGGGCCUCGCACGUGUGACCGCUGCAGCAGGAGCUGCAGGAGCAGCAGGAGCAGCAGGAGCAACAGCAGGAGCAGCAGCAGGAGCAGCAGAAAGGCGUGUGAGGGCGGUGGGGGGAGGGAGCGGGUCUCUCAUGUCACUGAAAGACGAGCUGGCGGCUUACGAUGAGAGCGACGACGAGGAGGGCGAGACGCUCAUCAGACCACGCGUGCCCGCCUGUGCUGCUGACGCCUCUGCUGCUGUUGCCGCCGCCACCACCGCCGCCGCUGCUUCUGCUGCGGCUGGAAGCACUGCUGGUGCAGGCAGGCCUGGCAGCAGCGGCGGGGGCAGCAACGACAGCAGCGACGGAAGCGGGGGUAGCAAAGGUAGGAAGGGCAGCAGCAGCAGCGGUGGUGGGUCCGGAUGCCUCCCUCUGGGCGAUUCUCCAUGCGGAGGCAACAGCAGCGGGACCGUCACAGGCGGAGGCAUUUCACCUCUCCCCACAGCAGGAGCCACAGUGGAAUGCCGCCAGUUCUCCCCGGACCAGCUCACCCAAGCCACCGACCACUGGGCAGCAGAAAACAGGCUCGGCCGAGGCUCGUUCGGCACGGUGUACAAGGGACGGCUGCUGGGAUGCAUGGUGGCUGUGAAACGCCUGGAAGGCGGCGGGUGGCAGGGCAGUGCGGAGUAUAGAAUGGAGGUGGAGGUGUUGUCUCGGAUGCGCCACCCGCAUAUAGUGCUGCUCAUGGGUCACUGCCCUGAUGAGAUGAGCCUCGUGUAUGAGUACUUGCCUGGAGGGAGCUUGCAGGAUUGUCUUGAUGUGAUUGCUGCUGGGAACAGCAAGGGUGGUGGUGGGGGUGGUAUGGGAGGUGCGGGUGGUGUGGGUGGUGCGGGUGGUGCGGGUGGUGUGGGUGGUGUGGUUGGUGCGGGUGGUGUGGGUGGUGUGGUUGGUGCGGGUGGUGUGGGUGGUGUGGGUGGUGGCAGUGGGGGAGGGGGGAGCGGCCGGGGUGGGAGAAAGCCGUUGACUUGGUUUGACCGGGUGAGAAUCUUAUCUGAGGUGGCCGGUGCGCUGAUGUACCUCCACCAGAACGACCCGCCCAUCGCGCACCGCGACUUAAAGCCCGACAACAUUCUCCUCGAUACAAGCCUCGCCUCUAAAGUGGCCGACGUGGGCCUUGCACGGUUACUCAGCGACGUGGAAAAUGUAACCGCGCGGGUGAGAGGCACAGUGGGGUAUAUCGAUCCAGAGGAGCUGGAGACUUGUGAGAUUUCGGUUCUUUCAGAUGUGUAUGCGUUUGGGCUGAUAGCGCUGCAGCUGCUGCUGGGAGAGCCGAAUGUGAAAGAGUUACACAGGAGGCUGGGGCGGAUGCAGGAGUGGAUAGGGAAGAGCAUGGGUGGGGUAGGGUUGGGAGGGGUGGGCAUGCGUGGAGUUGGGUUUCAAUCGGUAGAGAUGGAUAGUACGAGGGUGCUGGCUCGGACUGUUGAGGAGAUAGUGAGGGAGGUUGAUGGUUCGGGGGGCCAGUGGCCCUUGCCUGUGGCUCGGAAGCUGACGGAGCUGGCGCUCCGGUGUGCGGUUCGGCAGCGGGAGGCUCGGCCGAACCUGGUGGAGGUGGUGCAGCCGGCGAUGGGUGAGGUGAUGGAGGAGGCGGAGGGGGAGAUGGGGAAGAGGAGGAGGAGCUUCGACGAGCAGUGCAUGUGCCCGCUGUCGCAGAAGCGAAUGACAGACCCAGUGGUGGCAGCGGACGGGUUCACCUACAAGCGCAGCAGCAUCGAGCGCUGGCUUCUCACCAACUCUGUCUCGCCGCGCACCGGCCAACCCCUCUCUCACAAGCACCUCACGCCCAACCACACCCUCAAGCUGCUGCUGCACAGCCACUAG